GUGUGCCUGGACCACAGACGCUCCUAUAGCACUCUGCGAGCCACUCCACAUCGCACUGACAAGAGGGGCGACUAUUCCUUGAAGCUCCCAUCCAGGCGAGGGCCGCUGCAGCAUCCAUAAACGGAGGAAUAUCGCUUUUAAAAGCUCGGUAUUUAAAAAAAAAAAAAAGAAAAGGUGGAAUCGAACAGAAGAUGUCUUAUCAAGGAAAAAAGAACAUCCCAAAGAUCACAAGCGACAGGCUUCUGAUCAAAGGCGGAAGGAUUGUUAAUGAUGAUCAGUCCUUCCAUGCCGAUAUCUACAUGGAGGAUGGCCUCAUUAAGCAGAUUGGUGACAAUCUGAUUGUGCCUGGUGGUGUGAAAACCAUUGAGGCCAACGGGAAGAUGGUGAUCCCUGGUGGUAUCGACAUCCACACCCACUUCCAGAUGCCGUACCGUGGAACCACAACUGUGGAUGACUUUGCCCAGGGAUCAAAGGCCGCUCUUGCUGGUGGGACAACCAUGAUCGUGGACCAUGUGAUGUCAGAACCUGGUACCAGUCUGAUAGAGGCCCAUGACCAGUGGAGGCAGUGGGCUGAUGAGAAAGCCUGCUGCGACUACUCUCUCCAUGUGGACAUCACCCACUGGAAUGACAGCGUAAAGCAGGAGGUGGAUAAUCUCAUCAAGGAAAAGGGAGUGAACUCAUUCCAGGUGUACAUGGCGUACAAGGACUACUACCAGAUGAGCAACAGUGAGCUCUAUGAGGUCUUUACCUUCUUGGCAGAGCGGGGAGGCAUCGCUCAGGUCCACGCUGAAAAUGGCGAGAUCAUCGCUGAGGAGCAGGCCCGGAUGCUGCAGAUGGGUAUCACUGGACCAGAGGGGCAUGUGCUGAGCAGGCCAGAAGAGCUGGAGGCAGAGGCGGUAUUUCGUGCCAUCACCAUCGCCAGCCAAACCAACUGUCCGCUCUACGUGACACGGGUCAUGAGCAAGAGUGCUGCUGACAUCAUCUCACAGGCCCGGAAAAAAGGAAAUGUUGUGUUUGGGGAGCCAAUCACAGCCAGUCUGGGCACUGAUGGGACACAUUACUGGAGCAAGAAUUGGGCCAAAGCAGCUUCUUUUGUAACAUCACCUCCUCUUAGCCCCGAUCCUACCACUCCAGACUAUCUGAACACACUCCUGUCCAGUGGAGACCUGAGUGUGACUGGCAGCGCUCACUGCACCUUCAGCGUGGCCCAGAAGGCCAUUGGCAAGGAUGACUUCACCCAGAUCCCAGAAGGUGUCAAUGGAGUGGAGGAGAGGAUGGCUCUCAUUUGGGACAAAGCUGUGACUACAGGUAAGAUGGAUGAGAACAUGUUUGUGGGCGUCACCAGCACUAACGCAGCCAAGAUCCUGAACCUGUACCCUCGUAAGGGUCGGAUUGCUGUGGGCUCUGAUGCCGAUCUGGUCAUCUGGGACACAGACGCCAUUCGCACCAUCACUGCCAAGACACACAACUCAGCUGCUGAAUACAAUAUCUUUGAGGGCAUGGAGCUGCGUGGCGCCCCACUAGUGGUGAUUUGCCAGGGUAAGAUCGUUUUGGAAGAUGGAAACCUUCACGCCACCUCCGGAGUGGGCCGCUUCAUUCCCUGCUCUCCCUUCCCUGACUUUGCCUAUAAGCGUAUUAAAGCCAGGAAGCAGUUGGCUGUUCUGAGGGCAGUGCCCCGGGGAAUGUACGAUGGCCCAGUUUCUGAAUUCUCCAUGUCCCGUGGCGGUACCCCCUCGGCCUCGGCCCGUACUUCCCCAACCAAACAGCCUGUCAGAAACCUGCACCAGUCUGGAUUUAGUCUAGCAGGUAACCCUGCACCAUGCGGUCCUCCCACCCCUGAUGACAUCCCCAUCAGGCCUGCUGGAAGGCGCAUCGUAGUGCCCCCUGGUGGUCGUUCCAACAUCACAUCUCUCAGUUAAACAGCAGGACACGCAGAAAGAAAAUGACAACAGCCAGAGUGCAGGAUUGAAGAGGGGAGGGGGGAGGAGAUGCAGAGGACCACGAUUAUUUCAAAGUUACAAAAACAAACAAAAGAAAAAAGCAAAACACUGAAUCCUCAUGCCUUACCUGUCACAAUGCUACUAUGCUCAUAUGAGAAAAGUAUCCCUUUUCCUCUGGAAUGUGAACCAGCGUCAAGUAUAUAGAUGGUUGUGUUUUGGGUUGUUUUUAUGUUUUUUACUGAAAGUGUGAGAUUUCCACCAAAUUCACAUGACUGAUCUAAGUCUCAUUACUCAUCUAUGUGGAAUAGUUAUCUGGUACUUUGGCAAUGUGAAAACAUCAGGAAAACUCAGUAUAAUCACACAAAAACAAAACAAAAAAACAAACCCUGUUCGCAAAGGAAAACGGAUACCACAUGUCUCAGAAUGACGCUAUCGUUCGUUCAUCCUGUUCGGCUUUCAAUGUCACCCCUUUACAGUAGCCUGCUUGCUCCAUAGUCAGCAAAACAUAACACUAGAUUCCACGGUAGCCAUGUAUUAUCUUGCAGUAUGUUUGGUUAGCUCUAGGUGGCAUUGUACAUAUGGUAGAUGUGAUGUAGCUUUGUGGAUGAUGUUGUUGCAGCUUGUUUGGGUUUCCUGGACCAAGUUAAAGGUAGUUAUCGAAUCUGAGGGCAGGAGUGCUGUCGGGCAUGGAGCUGCAUGGGCCGCAUUAAUAUGGGUGACGUGAUCCAUGAUACUGCUGCACUCCUCCUCCUUGCUUUUUGGUGACUACCAUCCCCAUGAUGUACUGUACUGAUUAUUGAUGUUUAAAAAAAAAAGGAAUAUGGACAAAUCUGUUUGGGAAAGAUUAUGUGAAAACAAAAGAAUAGAAAGAAGAAUUAUUAGAAACUUUUUUUUU